AUGGAGCUCUUGAUGAUAACAAUGUUUGUUCUUUCUCUUCCAUUAAUACUGUCCUUCUUCGUCAAGCUUGUAGAUCAAUGGAAAUACCAUGGAAGAAGCAGCAGCAGCUGCUACAUCCUCCACUACGAGUGCUUCAAACCCUCCGACGAUAGAAAGGUAGACACAGAAUUCUGUGGCAACAUCAUCAAACGAAACAAGAAUCUGGGCAUCCAUGAAUACAAGUUCUUGUUACGAGCCAUCGUUAGCUCUGGCAUUGGUGAAGAGACUUACGCACCAAGAAACGUCAUCUUAGGUCGUGAAAAAUCUCCAACUCUCCUCGAUGGGAUCUCCGAGAUGGAAGAAUUCUUCUACGACACUCUCGACAAACUUUUCCACCGCACCGGAGUUUCGCCUUCCGAGAUCGAUAUUCUCAUCGUUAAUGUAUCAAUGCUUUCGUCACAACCCUCUUUGGCUGCAAGGAUAAUAAAUCGAUACAAGAUGAGGGAAGACAUUAAAGUCUUUAAUCUCUCCGGUAUGGGUUGUAGUGCAAGUCUCAUCUCCAUUGAUAUCGUCCAGAACAUCUUCAAGAGUGUCAAGAAAGCGUUUGCAGUUGUGGUAACGUCGGAAUCGAUCGGACCCAACUGGUAUUCCGGCAACGAUAAAUCCAUGAUACUUGCAAAUUGUCUUUUCAGGUCAGGUGGAUGUUCUAUACUGUUAACAAACAACCCAAUUCUCCGGCACCGGGCUAUGUUCCGGCUCAAUUGCCUUGUCCGAACCCACUUAGGUGCCAGUGAUGAAGCCUACGAGUGUGCGGUUCAGAAGGAAGACGAGCUAGGGAGACCCGGGUUUCACCUCAGCAAGGAUUUACCCAAGGCUGCUACAAAAGCCUUCUUCGAGAAUCUCAGAGAGUUAGCCCCCAAGAUUCUCCCCCUAAAGGAGCUCCUCCGGUACGUCAUUGUGUCACGGUUGUUCCGGCCGGCCGGAUCUGGGUCUGGUAAGGGUAAAGGAGGAAAUAAUAAAAUCGGUCCGACCGUGAGAUUCAAGACCGGCAUUGAUCAUUUUUGUUUACACACAGGUGGGAAAGCGGUUAUAGACGGCGUCGGAAAGAGUUUAGGGUUGACGGAGUAUGAUUUGGAGCCGGCGAGGAUGACGCUUCAUCGAUUCGGAAACACGUCGGCGAGUAGCUUAUGGUAUGUAUUGGGUUACAUGGAAGGUAAGAGGAGGCUUAGGAAAGGUGAUAGGGUUUUGAUGAUAAGUUUUGGUGCAGGUUUUAAGUGUAAUAGUUGUGUGUGGGAGGUGAUGAGAGAAUUGGAUGAUGAGAAUGUGUGGAGAGAUUGUAUUGGUAGUUACCCUCCAAAAACCCUAGUAAACCCUUUCAUGGAGAAGUUUGGUUGGAUCAUGGAUGAGAAUUCUGAAACCUUCACUUUGGAUUGAACAAAUUAUACAUUGUU